GUGUGGUGGUGACUAUGGUGGGAAACAGAGGCUGGAGCGCGGCGGUGGUGUUUGUGGUGGUGAUGGUGGUGGUGGUGGUGGAGGCCGGCGUGUCUCCCGAUCACCCCCUGCUGAGGAACAAGCGCGCCCUUCGCCUCAACGUGGCGUGCUUGGCUAACGGAGAGUUUUACCGCAACCCGAACGCUAAUCCAGAGAAAGUGUGGAGUCUGGGGGAGUGUUCCAAGUACUACCUGUGUCUUGACGACGAGGUGUACGAGUUCAAGUGUUCUGUGGGUCUUCUGUUUGACAUCAACAGGCAGAUUUGUGACUUCAAAUCUAAAGUGUUCAACUGCGACACUCAUAUGCAGACCACCACCCCGAAGCCCCUGUUGUCCACGGAGGAGCCCAUGUGUAACUUCGGGGAGUACGCAUGCGCUGACAGGACCUGCCUUCCCUCGGAGCUGUUUUGCGACGGGGAGGUGGACUGCGAUGACCAGUCUGACGAAGGCUGGUGCGAUGCUGACCACGACCCAAACGCGGCGACUCGAUGUGACUACUCCAACUGCACCCUGCCGGACUGCUUCUGCUCCAGGGACGGCACGCUCAUACCCGGCAACAUGGAGCCCUCGCAGGUGCCUCAAAUGAUCACUCUCACCUUCGACGACGCUGUGAACUUCGAGAACUGGAACCUUUACAAACAGAUCUUCACCGAGACACGCACGAACCCCAACGGCUGCCCUAUCCACGGCACCUUCUACAUCUCCCACGAGUACAACAACUACCAGUACGUGCAGCAGCUGUGGAACGAGGGACACGAGAUCGCCGUGCACUCCAUCACACACAAAGGUCCUGAAAACUUCUGGACGCACAACGCCACCAUCGAGGACUGGUUUGAUGAGUUCGUGGGGCAGGCGAACAUCAUCAACAGGUUCGGCGGUGUGAGGAUGGAGGAUCUGUGGGGAGUGCGCGUGCCUUAUCUGCGCGUGGGAUGGAACAGACAGUUUAUCAUGAUGCGGGAGUUCGGCUUCGUGUACGACUCUUCCAUGGCGGCGCCCUUCUCCAACCCGCCGCUGUGGCCCUACACGAUGGACUACAAGAUGCCCCACAAGUGUAUGGGCACGGGCCAGAGGUGUCCCUCCCGCUCCUUCCCCGGUAUCUGGGAGCUGGUCCUCAAUCAAAUGCAAGCAGGAGAGUACUACUGCGCCAUGAUGGACCAGUGCCCGCCCACCAUUGACGAGGACGACGUGUACGACAUGCUGAUGCACAACUUCAAGCGCCAUUACGACACCAACAGGGCGCCGCUCGGCCUUUACUUCCACACCAUUUGGUACAAGGUCAAACACAACGUGCGGGGCAUCAAGCGUUUCCUGGACGACGUGAGGAAGCUGCCUGACGUGUGGAUCGUGAACAACCAGGAGGUGAUCAAGUGGAUGAGGGAACCCACACCAAACUCUCAACUGGCGAGCUUCGAACCAUGGAAGUGUCAGCAGCAGGUCGCCCCUGAGGACAAGGCGUGCAGCAUUCCCAAGGCGUGCAAGCUGAAGAACCGCAUGCUGCGAGGGGACCGGUACCUCCACACCUGCUUCGAGUGUCCAGAUGUGUACCCGUGGCUCAAGAACGAGUUUGGCCUCAGACUUUAAGCGACCAAGAUAGGAUGAGGAAGACACGAGGACACAGGAUAAGACAUAACAGAUUUGCCAUGAGAAUUUAAAGGACCGUAUUCUGAAACCCUUUGGUCUCUUACCACCACAAUUUUCAAAGGUCACAGAGAUGAUUAGGUGGAUUCUCAAGACUGUUUCUUCUGUCGAUUAUAUAGAGAUCUUGUUAAUCUGUCACUGCAGUCAUGAAACACACUUAAAAAAGGUGUUAUUUCAAGUAUAGCCCUUUGAAAAUUAUGAAGCUGCAGCGAAGAAGUGUCUCAGAAUACAGUCCUUAGUCGACCAGGCAGGACAAAAACUAGGACACGAGGAAGGACAUGACAAAGACAUGAAGAGUACUCAAGAACGUGCGACCUAUGACGUGAUUCCAGGUCAAAACAAGGACAUAAAAAAGGACACUGUGAGGACAUGAAGACCGAGGCAGAUCAGAGACUUGAUUGAUUGUUUUAAUGGCGCCGCACCAAAAAAGUGCUGAUAAUGAUACUUUUCCUGAAUGGUUUUCCUCACUGAAUUAAGGUUUUUUGUACGUCAGUCUGUCACCAUCUCCUUGGCAUCAGCAGGUAUCUCAAAAACGCUCGCAAAAUGAAUAAGACAUACUGAAGAAGAUAGAAUAACUGAGUUUCCAGAUAAUAAAGCAAGAUGAGAUUAAACUGAUGGUGUGCAAGUGUUUCAGGAACAUGAAAAAAUAAUGAAUAUGGUUAUGAAAUACAAAAACUUAGUAAUGCUGAAAAAAAAUCCUUACUAGAAAGAAAAAAAAUGUUGAAUUAGUUUUUACAUUAUAGCAUCUCGAAGUAAGCUUUAGUCCAUAGUUAUACACGUAGUGGAAGAAAUAGUCAAGCACUUAUACGUAAACCAUCACUACUUAUAGAUCAUGAGGUUGUCUAGUUCAUUACUAUUAGAAAUUCCGGCACUCCUUCAAGUGUGUGGAUGGUGGUGGCGGCAAAAAAUGACAGAGAAUGAGGCAGUUUUUGUAAUUUUAUCUCUCUCUCGUUUCAACCAACAGUAUUCCCUCUAAAGACUGCUCAUUGAAACGUUUACUAGAUCAAAACCUGCUGCUUCAUCCUGUAUUCCCUCGCCACAGCAAGCAGUCCACACCUUGUCUGACCAACGCGACUAGUGCAUGUGUCAGUGAACGCUGGUUGUAACACUGACCUCUCAAAAUGUUAGUCAGAUAAUCAUAGUGGAAAGUAAUGCUAUAAUCAAAAUCUGGUGUCAUGAUAUAUAGACUUUGGUUGUUGUUCUGUUAUUGUUGUAGUUGCUUUAGAGUUAGCAUUGUAUGUUGUUGAUUUUCUUAGAAGGUGAACAGAAGGGAUGUCACGAAUAGAUGUGAGGGAUUGAAAUGUCACUGGUCCUGUCAUGUUGCUAUGGAUACUGUCUACAAUGCCAGAAGAAAUAGAGAAAGAGAAGGAGGGGAGAGAAAAAGUUAAAUAACCUUAGAGAAAAGUUUGGCAUCUUUGAUUUUUUAUAAGUUCUUAAGGUGUGUGGUGAAGAUUAAAGAUUCAUGGCAAAGAGAAGUCACCUUUAUAAGAAAAAAAAUUAUAACUAUAUCAGUAAUUUCUAAGCUAUCCAUUAUUUUCCCUUUUUUCUCUUCAAUUUUUUUCAGUGCAUGGUAAAAAUGAAGAUUGAAUAUUAUCAUAAUUUCUAUCGGUUGCAUGGCUAGAUUGAAAGCAAACAGCGAGCUAUUUUUUAUUUAUUUAUUUUUUUUUAUCUGUAACUCGUCGUCUGUGUCUGCGUGUGCCCACCUGUGUCUCCUGCAGCAAUUGUGUUAUCAUGGAUUAUUGCCUUGUUACUUCCUUUUCACGUAUUGUUGCCUUGUUUUAUUUUCUUGUCUUUUUUUCACGUGUUGUUAUCUUGUUUCAUUUUGUUGUUUCAUCGGCCAGUUUGUCGUCUUCCGCUUUCGUUUCUGCGUAUCACUUGUUAAGUUUUGAGAUAUUCUAUUUUAUUACUAUUUCGUUUUAUUUUGUAAAUAGCUUGUCACUGUUAUUGUUUUAUGCAUUAAACCUCUAUGAGCAAUA